AUGGCGAAGACUAGAACUGCUGAGAAACCCGCGCAAGCAGAUGCACAAGAGAAAACCGAUGACCUUGAAAUCAUCUCCAUCGGUUCCAUCUACAAAGGACCCUGGAACAAGAAGUACUGGAGCAGCACUAGGGGAAAAGAUCGAUAUCCAUAUCCAGUUGGUUAUCAAGCCAUUAGGGCUCAUAAUGGGACCACGUAUAAGAUGGAAAUUCAAGAAGGUGUUAAUGGGCCUACAUUUUUGAUUUCUUCUGAUGAUGGGAGUUCGUCUUCCGGGAAAACUCCAGACUUUGCAUGGGAGGAAUUUCAGAAAAAAGGUUGCCCCCGCAUGAAGAUUUGGCAUGGGAAGAGACUUUCAUCUAAGAUGGAUGGCUUGGAGCUUUUUGGGUUCAAAAAUCCGUUUGUCCAGAGGUUGCUUCGUGAGCUGGUGGCAGAUAUAAAUGGAAUAGCAGAACGGAGCAUGGUCUCCUCAAACUUCUGUGAAGGGGUUUCUGGAACAGAGCAUGAUGAUUGCCGCCCCAAUGUAGGCACAUAUCCCGAUUUACUACUUUGCCUGGGAAGACCACGUGUUACAGGGAAGAGAAGCAGAUGUGAACUUAAAAAUAAAAAGUUAAAUGAGGGAGCUAGACCUCGGUCUCUAGAACUCACAUGUAGCAGAGCUUCAGAUGUAAAGAAUGAGAAGAGUCUUAGUCAGAGGAUUUCUACAACCCACUAUUGUUCAGAAGAAGAGAAUGGAGUCCACAAUUACAAAAGUGUAUCAGCCUCAUUGCAAAUAAUGUCCUCUGUCGGUAAAAGCAGUAAUUGCAUGUCAUCCAAAAAUGGGUUGUUAUUGAAUGCUAUUGACAUCUAUGAUGAUAUAAAAGGGGGAGCUGUACCUUCAGAGAGAUCGACUGGUUUUCUCUACUCUGCCACGAAGAUAACUGAAAACAUUUCCACAGAAGAACCUCUUCAUAAGUCACAUGAUGUGGAGUUGAAGUUGCCUCGUUUGUUGGUGUCAUCAGAAGACCAAAAACUGAUGCAGUCACGUUCCAAAGAGUCUCAAGGUUGUAUUGACAUUGAUCUUUGUGCUCCUGAUACCCUAGAUUUUGUGGAAGAAGAUACUUCUGAUUCUGCCCCAAGUAAACUGGAUAAGAAUGCUUAUAGUGUGAUAGCAUGUGAGAUCACCUCUGGAGAUUUGUUAAAUGCAGAACAUGAAGUGCUCAAAUCUAAUUCAAAUCGAAGCUCUGAGAAAAGUGAUUCUGAUUCAGUAGGCCAGGAUGUGGCAAAGUCAAUGAUGUCACUUCUGCUUCCUCAAGCAGUUCCUUUACUGAGGAAUGUUUCAACAGAUAAGGAGUUUACUGUUAGCCCUUCAGAUAUUUUUCCCUCUAGGGUGAGCUCUAAGGAAGAACAAAAUGGAGUUGGAUAUAUUUUUGAUGUACCAUCAUCCGAUGUACUGCUGACAGAGAAUGCACGUGGGGAACAAGGAAUAGCGAUACAUGGGCCAAAUUCAGACCCAUGUUCAAAUACUCCUAAUUCUGAACAUAUGAAGUCUAUUGUUCCUGACAGUUUUGAUUAUAGUCAAUGUGAGGAUCUAAAAAUCAAUCAGGGAAUCUUAUCUUCUGUUAUUGCUGAAGCUCGUAGAUCUAAUUUCAAUAAAGAAAUGUGUUCUCUGAGAAGUCAAGAACAUAUUCCUGUUUGUGAUUUGCCACAUGGAUCAUCCACAUGCCAUGCUUCAGAGUUGGACUUUAAAGACAGGCCUCAGGAGUGUGAUGCACGGAUUCCUGAAUCUGUUCUAGAUGACAUCUCUCCUAAGGAUAGGAAUAUUUCUGAAAGAAGCAAUUAUGAUUGCUCAGAUUUGAAAGAAAAUCCAGUGCAUACUGGUUUCAAUUCUCUGCAAAAGGACCCAUCGACUGCUCAGGAUUUUACUGCAGGUGUAAAAACAAAGAGCUGUCAUUUGAAAAGUAUGGAAACCCUUGCAGAAAAGACACAAGAUGAAGAAGUUGUGGGUAAAACAGACAAUGUUGAAACAAUGAUGAUGUCUUCUCAACUGCCAAAUUUAGUAUACACCAGAAGAAAACUCCGAAAUGGUGUUCCCCUCCAAAGAGAUUGUUCGGUUAUGGAGAAUACUGAAUGUGAGAAUUUUGAACUUGUUACUGCUGAAACGCCUACUGCCAAGGGCAUGGUGCCUCGCUCAGAAACCAUUCAAAGAAACAAUUCAAAAGAUAAACCAUGUGAACCAGACCAUUCGGCAGGUUUCUGUGUAGAAACACCUCAAAAUCAUAAUGAUGUUCUUGGUGGACAUAGCAACCUUGUGACACUUAACCCAACAACAUCUCAGAAUCCAAACCUGUUAACACCUCAAACUCAUACUGAUGUUCUGGAUGGACAUAGCAACCUUGUGGAACUAAAACCAACAUCAUCUCAGAAUCCAAACCUGUUUACCUGUGAAAAUAAGUGCUCUGGGCCCAAGGAGGCUCAAUUUAUUUCGGAACCAAUGCCCCACAGAAACCAGGAGAUCCAGAAUAAUUUGGGCAGCAAUGUAAAGUUUGUGGGGUGCUACUUACACCCAAUGCCCGUUACUUCAUUAUUUUUAAGCACAAGAGAGGAUGAAAUCCACAUUUGUGUUUUAUGUGGGCUUCUGAUGGAUGAGUGUAGGACCCUCUUUACUUACAAGGUAGCUAUUAAGGAACCAAGCUUAGGGUGCCCUUCUGUCAUGGCUUACACCUCAAUACUGUUGCCAGAUCUAAAACAUAAUUUAAUAAGAGAAACUGUGGUGGAAAGAUCUGGUGUGCAGUUAACUCCUGAUGGACAGUAUAUUGUCUUAAUAGGCAGCAUAAAAACCCCUAAUUGCAGGGAACAAAAAAUUGAUUGUUAUUGCUCAACAUGUACAUCAGUCUUUUCUGAGAGGAAUGCUUUGAAGAUUGUCCAAGUAGAACAUGGUUAUGUAUCAGUGGUAGCAACACUAGAAACUGUUGACAAUGUGCAUUGUAUAUUGGUUUGUGAACCUAACCGACUUGUUUCUGUUGGAGAGAGUGGGAGACUGGAAGUGUGGGUCAUGAAUUCAACAUGGAGUGAAAAAAUGGAGUACUUCAUUAUUCCAGCUGAUGGCUCCAUAUCCCCUGACAUUGUGGAGUUGAAGAAGGUUCCAAAGUGUGCUCAUUUGGUUGUUGGCCGUAAUAGUUCUGGGGAGUUUAGUUUAUGGGAUAUUGCAAAGCUCAAUCGUGUUUCAAGCUUCUCUGCUUUAAAAAAUCCAAUUGAUGAGUUCUUUCCAAUAAGCUUGUUCCAUUGGCAAACAAGAGGCUCAGGAUUCAACUAUGUUGGCAUAGAGGAGCAGGCUGAAAAACUUUUAGAAGCAACCAAUUUGUUGUACUCAGAGCAAAGAGAGACCUGUUCGUCAGAGGAAGGAAACGUUGCUAUGUGGCUUCUAAUCUCGACUGCUUCUGACCUUGAUUGUGAUCAUAAUCAUGUUUCAACUACCACUCAUUGUGAUAUACAUACAACCAGAAGUUGGAGGCUAGCCCUUUGUGUGAAAAAUAGCCUAGUUUUUGGAAGUCUCUUGGAUCCAAGGACUACUGGUAUUGGUGUAUUAGGUAGAUAUGGAAUCAUCAGUACCAAUAAUGGUGCGGUGUAUUUGUGGGAAUUGUCCAGAGGAUCCAAGCUUGGUACUCUGCAUCAUUUCCAAGGAAUCAAUAAUCACCAUUCCCUUUUGAGGUGGGAUUCUAGGGAGGUUAUAUUGGACCUAAAGGGUGAAUGCAAUGGUAUAGACAAAGGCUAUGCAAAGGGUUCCCAGAACAGUGGCAAAAUCGACAGUUAUGGGGAAGAGCCAUAUCAGCUUGGCCUUGCUGGGGCAAGGCACUUAGCUGUUGCUGUCCGCACUGCAGCGACUGCUGUGCAUGAAAAGGGAGAGGGAGCAUAUCCCAACGUAGGGCACUUUGGUGUUCCAAGGGACAAUCGAAGCUCGAUCAUAUCAAGCUGUUCAGUGAUCUACAAACACCCUGCUAACACCGUAGUUGGCAAUUACCGUUGGGAUGACAAGUGGGUCAUGAUGCCUGGGAAUUACUCCUUUGAUUUCGUCCUCGUCCCACACAACUUUUGGCUUCUUGGGCUGCUUGGGGUCUUUGACUUUGGUGAUCGGUCUUCCCGCGACCGCCAAACAUUGCUUUAG